UGAUGAUUCUCCCCAAGCUCUUCCCAUGUACUCUGAUGAUUCAAAUGACUCUAAUGACUACGUCUCAACCAAAGCUACUCACAAGUCUCGUCACCGUCAUCGGCGUCGCAAUAAACGCAGGAAGACAGAAACAGGAAUUGAAUCUUCCGUAGAGGCCGCAGAGGACGUUGUGCCCGUGGUUUCCUUUGAGUCUCUGUUGGAUCAGGUCGAGAAUCUGACAGACGAUGAACUUGUCCAACUCGAAACCUCGUUUGAAGAUGUCAUCGGCGAUUCGUUACCAGAAUAUCAUCAAGCACGCAAAGAUCAACUCAUGAAGGACACCGAUAGAGAUGACUUUGGAGUUUUACUAAGGCGUCUUACUCGAGCAGAGAUAACGUCUUUAAUUCAAAAUCAUUCUGACAAGGUCAGCCAGCUUAGUGUUCCCGAAGCUAUUGUUUUACGGAAGUUGAAGUUGGAGCGGGAACGACGUCGUGCGUCUGUAAGAGGCACCGAUAUUUCAAUAGCUCCUGAUGGUGUGGUGGAAGGUCUUGUCGAGCUUACCGCAACCCAAUUGAGCACGGAGACCGUGGAUGCUCUUUGUAGUAUUCGUAAAACAUCGUAUGGAAACUCGUUCGCAUCCCGGUUGUAUGGCAAUCAUGCUCGAACUCCUGGAUUAAUUCACGUUGAUUGGGACACAAAAACACCUUGGAUGAACUUGAUGGAAGAUAUUCGUGAACAUUAUCAACUUCUACAUCCGAAUCGUGAACCAGCAGAAGAGGCACGAUCCGCAAUCAUGUAUACUUCUUUACAACCUAGCCAUCUAGACCAAGUACAUGACAUUCUUGUUCGUUCAUUUUGGCAAGGGGUAAAUGUAUCCGAUUCGUUGGACUAUUCUCCUGAGAAAUGUACGGUUGUUGCAUCCUAUAAGAAAAUAGUAGUUGGUGUAGCCAUCAUGAGUUCUCCAAGAGAAACUUACAUCACGUAUCUGGCUGUCAAGCAUGGCUGGGAUAACUCCAAUAUUGCCACAACAAUGUUAUAUCAGCUUAUAAUGUUGAAUCCAGGAAAGGAUAUUACUUUACAUGUUUCAGCAAAUAACUCUGCAAUGUUGUUGUAUAAUCGCUUUGGUUUCAAGUCGGAGGAAUUCAUUGCUGGCUUUUACGAUGCAUAUCUAGACCCCGAAUCUCGAGCUUCUAAGAAUGCCGUCCGCUUACGCUUGCGACAUCAUUGAUUGUUCUAACAUUCGUCUUGGAAUCGUGUCGCUGCCCGGUCGCUGCUGUAUUCGCUCCCGUAUUGGAGUACUAUUUAUCAACGGUCCAUCGUGGCAGUUAUUCCAACGCCGAGAAAGCCGACCUCAAAAGAUUCAGCCUCGCUUCGGAAAAUUCCUUCUGGUUAGUCUCAUUUACAGGGGACUAUCAAACCAUUAAUUGUCUCUCACAGACCAAUGCGAUGUGGUGGCGCGUGUAAAAAUGAAGUAUUCGCCGUUUCAUUUGGUCGUACCGCGGACAAAGCAAAAUAAACUAUUCAAGAGUUCAUCUCCUGUAGAAAUAUGACGCUUUAAGAACGUUCAUCAUUUUAUGACAAUGUGCCCAAUAUU